UCGUUGCACUCAUCCCCCGGGCACAAUUCGGCGUUGGGAUUGGUGCCGAACCCAAACAGCUACAAAUUUUUAAUUGUAGAUGAUAAUGAAAUCAAUCUCCGGAUAUUCCGCCGUGUUUUGAAAAGACUAUUUCCCAACAGUGCUAUCGACAUGAUGCAAGACUCAUCUCAGGUUGACACUGCCAAGCUUCUGCUGUACCAGAUUGUGUUUCUCGACAUCGAGAUGCCACAUGUUACUGGUGUCGACAUCGCCAAGACUGUGCGUCUGGACCCAGCAUUGCACCGCCUAGGUCUUGUGGCAGUCACGACUAAAAGUGCAGCAGCAGACCUAGAGACAUACGAUGCGUGCGGCUUUGACUUUACGAUCCCUAAACCCAUUUACAAAGGAUAUAAUGGUAUAUUCCGUGGGAUCGAGCAGGUGCUAGAAGCCCGGUGU